AUGCAGGAUAAAAAGGUUCCAUUGGAUGACUUUUGCACAUUAUUUCUUCUUCUACGUUAUGACUUGUCUCAUGAUCAACGGCCACACUGGGGACCUCACCUUUUGGCUACACCGUCACGACCGCCACAGCGGGUUGAGACUUCCUGGGGAUCGACGCGCUCCCGCUUAGCUUCAUCUGCUCUUUCGAUGGCUUGCUUCCCUAUGCCGAGCCUGCAGCCCACAACUGGUGCCACCGGGUUAGGUAUUAAGGCAGGAAAGCUUGCCAAUCGUGCAUCUUUCGGUGCCAAGCCGCAACAGCCGGGCAGGGCUGAAGCGUCGUGUGUUGAGCCUUCACCGCGGGGGUUGUGGGUUCUUGAGCGCCAUAUUUGUCGCAGACGACCAACACAUCAAGACGGACGGAAGCAGUCUAGAACCUUGCCUCUACGAGCAAAAGUUCGGGUGCAGGCCUCUUGGCACGGAAACGGGGGAUGGAGUCAGAGCAACAGUCGUUACACGGCGGCUCAAAGAGGCCGACUCCCGUCGAAGCAGCCGAAAGAGGAGGGAACCUUUCAUCCGAUAUCGACCACAGAAAAUGGGUCUCCUGGUGAUCAGAUACGACGCCCGCCAAUUUGGAACCCUGCUCCGUCAUGUAUCAUUUUAUUCCAGGUCACACAGUCUUGA